AUGCCUCUGUUUAGUAAAUCACACAAAAAUCCAGCAGAAAUCGUGAAAAUUCUGAGAGACAACUUGGCCAUUUUGGAAAAACAAGACAAAAAGACAGAUAAGGCUUCAGAAGAAGUGUCAAAAUCACUGCAAGCAAUGAAAGAAAUUCUGUGUGGGACAAGUGACAAGGAGCCGCCAGUGGAAGCCGUGGCCCAGCUCUCACAGGAGCUCUACAACACCGGGCUGCUGGCGACACUCAUAGCCGACCUGCAGCUGAUAGACUUUGAGGGAAAAAAGGAUGUGACCCAGAUAUUUAACAACAUCCUGAGACGACAGAUAGGCACUCGGAUUCCUACCGUGGAAUACAUUAGUGCUCAUCCUCACAUCCUGUUUAUGCUCCUCAAAGGCUAUGAAGUCCCACAGAUCGCCUUACGUUGUGGUAUUAUGCUGAGAGAAUGUAUUCGACAUGAACCACUUGCCAAAAUCAUCCUCUUUUCUAAUCAGUUCCAAGAUUUCUUUAAGUAUGUCGAACUAUCAACAUUUGAUAUCGCUUCAGAUGCCUUUGCUACUUUUAAGGAUUUACUAACCAGACAUAAAGUGUUGGUAGCAGACUUCUUAGAACAAAAUUAUGACACUAUUUUUGAAGACUAUGAGAAACUGCUUCAGUCUGAGAAUUAUGUGACUAAGAGACAAUCUUUGAAGCUGCUAGGUGAACUGAUCCUGGACCGGCACAACUUUGCCAUCAUGACCAAGUACAUCAGCAAGCCAGAGAACCUCAAACUGACGAUGAACCUCCUCCGGGAUAAAAGCCCCAACAUCCAGUUUGAAGCCUUUCACGUCUUUAAGGUGUUUGUGGCCAGUCCUCACAAAACACAGCCUAUUGUGGAGAUUCUUCUGAAAAACCAACCCAAACUCAUCGAGUUUCUGAGCAACUUCCAAAAAGACAGGACCGACGAUGAGCAGUUCACCGAUGAGAAGAACUACCUGAUUAAACAGAUCCGUGACUUGAAGAAGGCGGCCCCUUAAAGCCCCACCGAGUUUUCUGCCACCGUCGCCGUCUC